ACCUGCUUCACUGCUUGUGAAGCAACCCCCCUGCAGGUGGGGAGCCAGGGGCUCAAACCAUGAUCCUUAUGCCCGUCCUUGCACUUUGCACCAGGUGUGCUUAACCCGCUGUGCUACUGCCCGACUCCACCAUGUAACAAGUAAAAGGAUUAUUUAAAGAAUAAAACUAAGGGCUGGGCAUUAGCUCACCUGUCAGGGUGCACAUGUGGCCAUGUAUGAAGACCAAGGUUCAAGUCCUCGGUCCCUACCCAACAGAGGAAUGUAUCAAGUGUUGCAACAGUGCAGCAGGCAAAGGUACUUGUGAAGAUGUUCCAUUUACAAAACCAGCAAGUACUGCAGAUUCUUGAGAAAUCCUUGAGGAAGUGCCUCCCUGAGUCCUUAAAGGUGUAUGGGACUGUCUUCCACAUGAACCAGAGAAACCCAUUCAAUCUGAAGGCCCUGGUGGAUAGGUGGCCUGAUUUUAACACAGUGUUGAUUUGCCCUCAGGAGCAGGAGAUGACAGAUGACUCUGAUCAUUACACCAACACCUAUCAAAUCUAUUCCAAGGAUCCCAAGAACUGUCAAGAAAUUCUCGACACAGCAGGUGUUAUCAAUUGGAAACAGCACUUACAGAUCCAAAGUUCGCAGACUACACUGGAUGAGGUGAUACAGAAUGUUGUAACGAAUAAGCUGGUGAAGGUGAAGCAAACAAAUGCCAUUCUCUACAUGAUGCCUACAUCAGCAAGGAGAUUGCUCCCUUCCCUAGCACAGGUGAAAAACUUACCUCUCAAAUCUGGCAGACCCAAAGCCAUUAAUGAAGAGAUGUUUAAACUCUCAACUCUGGAUGUGACGCAUGCCGCCUUGGUGAAUCAAUUCUGGCAUUUUGGCGGCAACCAGAGGAGCCAGAGAUUCAUCGAGCGCUGUAUCCAGGCCUUUCCAACCUUCUGCCUGCUGGGUCCUGAGGGGACCCCAGUGACCUGGUCCUUGAUGGACCAGACAGGCGAGAUACGGAUGGGAGCAACUGUGCCUCAGUACCGAGGCCAGGGUCUCGUCUCCUACAACCUUUAUGCCUUUAUCCAGACUCUGGACAAACUUGGUUUCCCUGUGUACAACCACACAGACAGAGGCAACAAAAUCAUACAGAAAAUGAGCCAGAAUCUCCAUCACAUCCCCCUGCCAUGUGACUGGAACCAGUGGCAUUGUGUGCCUCUGUGAAGCCAACAUUGUACAAUGGGCAGGGUUGGCUGAGCUGGUCCUGUGAUCAGAGAAGCAGAUGGAUGGACAAAGAGAAUAAAUUGUAAACUGCAACCUCA